UUUGCCACAAGAAAAAUCACCCAGAAAGUCCAGUUAUGGAUAUCAACCACACUAACUUCCCAAACCACUGUUGGAAUAAUCAUGAGAUACUGUCCGGGGAAGAUGGUGGUGUCGGCCACCUCCAUAACCAAAUCACCUUCAACUCACUCUGCCCUCCUAAUUACUCCCACCAAAUCUUCUCCUCCUCCUCCCCAUCAUCACCACCCUCCACCCAAAUCAUACCCACUUACACUACCAACCUUUUUGCUCAAAACAUGGAGAUGGAUGAGGAAGAAGAACCAGAAGAAGAGCUUGGAGCCAUGAAAGAGAUGAUGUACAAGAUCGCCGCGAUGCAGCCGGUGGACAUAGAUCCCACCACUAUACGAAAGCCGAAAAGGCGAAACGUCCGGAUCAGCGACGACCCACAGAGCGUCGCGGCGCGUCACCGGCGGGAGAGAAUAAGCGAGAAGAUCAGAAUCCUCCAGCGACUAGUCCCCGGCGGAACCAAACUCGAUACGGCGUCAAUGCUGGACGCCAUUCGGUACGUUAAGUUCUUGGAGAGGCAAAUUCGUGUUCUCCAGUCAAACAGCCAGCAAGAUCAACGGCCAGGAGUGGGGUGA